AUGGCCAUCCAUGCUAGCGAUGCGAGUUUCACCUAUGCGGAACUUGAGAGCGCGUCGCGAAAGCUAGCACUGGUACUGCAAGCAAAGUCUGUCGGCCCCGAAGACGUUGUAUUGCUGUCUUUUCCAAAGUCCGCCUGGGCUCUUGUAGCGAUGAUGGCGGCGGUCAGAGCAGGCGCGACCAUGCUCUUCUUCGAUGUUUCCCACCCAAUGGCUCGGCUUCAGGAAAUUCAAAACCAAGUACAGGCCAGAAUCAUGCUGACAGCACCUCAAUACGCCGAUGCGUGGGACUGGACAGGUGCAGAAGUCCUCGCGGUGGACUCCGGUCUGAUCGACAGCCUUCCGGACAUGUCACUACCCACAUCAGCCGUCAGGCCAAACAACUCAUUGUACAUUAUCUACACUUCAGGCUCCACCGGCAAACCCAAGGGCUGCUGUAUUGAGCAUCGCCAGUUUCUUACCGGCUCAUACGCGCAACGAAAGGCCAGUGGAAUGCGAGCUACGGACCGCGUCUUGCAGUUAGCCAGCUUCUCCUUCGAUGUCAGCUUGCUUGAGAUCAUGACUUCACUCAUAACGGGUGCAUGUGUUUGUAUCCCUGGAGACGCGUCGCGUUCACGGGGACCAGCUCACUGCAUUCAAGAGUUUGGUGUGACUUGGGCGUUCCUGACGCCAUCUUUGGUGAAGCUAAUGACCCCUGACAUGGUCCCGACUCUUCGCUUCCUGGUUCUUGGCGGCGAAGCGCUCGGCAAGGGUGACGUGGAGACGUGGGCCCCCACCCACGUCCAACUAGCAAACGGCUACGGACCAACUGAAUGCAGUGUCGCAGCAACGGCAUUGCCAAAUCUUUCUCCGGAUACCGAUCCGAGCAAUAUCGGAUUCCCGCUAGGUGCCCUGAUCUGGAUUGUAGAUCCCGAAGAUCACCGUCGGUUGGUUCCGCCUGGAUGUCCGGGAGAGCUCCUUGUCCAUGGGCCUAUCGUCGCCCGCGGCUACUAUAAGGAUGCAGAGAGAACUAAUGCCGUGUUCAUUUCCGAUGACUUCCCAUGGCUACCAAGGUCCGAGUCUGCGGAAGCCAGACGGAUGUACCGAUCCGGAGACCUUGCCCGUUUCAACAGCGAUGGUUCCAUCCAUUUCUUGGGUAGGAAGGGUCAAGACUCGCAAGUUAAGCUGCGUGGGCUGAGAAUCGAGCUUGGUGAGAUCGAGCAUCAUAUCGCCAAGUAUGAGACCGUAAGAAGAGCAGCUGUAUUGCUGCCACGCCAGGGCCCGUGCAAGGACCAGCUGACAGUUGUGCUAUCAUUGAGCACAGUUCCCGAUCCGGAGUCGGACACAGGAAUUCAGCCUAUCCAGGGCCACUUUGACACUGCUGAACAAAUAAAGCAGGAUGUGUCUGCCCACCUGCCGCCCUACAUGGUCCCUUCGCUCUGGAUCGUCGCCAGCUCAGUCCCAUUGUCAAUAUCUGGAAAGCUCAACCGCUCAGCUGUCACCCAGUUUGUCAACAACAUGGACGAGGAAACUUACAACCUUGUCACUGGAGAUGUUUCUGAGAUCGCCGUCAUUGCCGCCAGCCCGGUCGAGGAGAUACUCCAGCAGGCAUGCAGCGAGAUUCUCAAUGUACCCGCGUCCAGCAUUCGUCUCAAUCGCUCAUUCAUCCACAAUGGCCUUGACAGCAUUCUGGGUAUGCAGUUGCUUUCGAGAUUGAGAGCUGCGGGCAUCGCCGUUUCAAUGCAAGACAUGCUGCAGUCGAAGUCACUAUCAGAACUGGCCGAGAGGGCUCAGACUGGUGACGCGGUCACCACUCUUCAGACAUACCCUAUCUCAUACGAUCUCGCAAGAUUCGAGUCUGAAAUUCUUCCUGGUCUUCCCGUAGAGGCGGAAGAUGUCGAGGAAGUCUACCCUCUCGGAAUCAUGCAGAAAGGCAUUUUGCUGAGCCAACAGCGAGAGUCAGCCAGUUACGAAUUGCGGAUCUUGUGCCGGGCAACCCUUCCACAUGGGCGAGAGAGCAUGGAUAUUGACCGCCUCAAGAACGCACUGAAGCAAGUGUCCAACCGACAUGCAUCACUCCGAACCAUUUUCACCCCCAGUCUUUCGGAUAAUUCACCCUGUGACCAGCUCGUGUUGAAAAAUGUUGAACCGCAGAUCAGCGUCGUUUCAUGUCGUAACGAGGCACACGUCCGUCAACUUGUUCACCAAUACAGCAUCGCCAAUGCCGACAAAGGUCAGAGACCAAGAGUUGGCUUUGUCAUAUAUGUGACGGAAGAGCAUUUGUACUGCAUGGCUGCGAUUGACCACGCGUUGAUUGACGGUGUAUCUGUGCUGCUCAUGUUCCGCGACCUCAGCGCUGCGUACGCAGGUGAUUUGGAUCUUACCCACACAACAAGAUUUUCACAUUACGUUGGUUAUCUGCAGCAACAAGACAAGUCCGUGAGCAUGGAUUUCUGGAGGCAGUACCUGCAAGGUAUCUCUACUUGCAGCUUCCCAGUCCUCAAUGAUAACUCGCACGGGUCAAACGAGCUACAUGAACUCACGGCAUCAGUUGAUCAAAGUCUCGGACUGCACGACUUUUGCAGAACGCACGACAUCACUCCUGCUAGCUUGCUACACUUGGCCUGGGCCAUGACUUUGCGAGCUUAUAGCGGCACCGAAGACGUUUGCUUCGGAUACCUCUCUGCUGGGCGAGAUCUUUCUGUACAGGACAUUGAUGAUGCCGUCGGUGCAUAUAUCAAUAUGUUGGUCUGCAGACUGGACUUGGGUGAGCUUGCAUCCAGCAAUCUUCUCCAGCUUGCGGAGUCUGUACAACAGUCCUUCCUCAAAUCAAUGCCUCACCAGCUCUGCUCAUUGGCCGAGAUCCAGCAUGAGCUCCAGCUUCGUGGGCCUCUCUUCAACACCGUUUUGUCCUUGCAAAGCGCGCUGGGAGACAUCAUCCAGGCGAGCGAACACAGCAUCGCUUUCGAGAUUGUCGACGAGGUUGACUUGACCGAGUAUGAUAUCUCGGUUAACAUUGCCGUCGCUAGAGACGAUGUUCACCUGAGCUUCCGCCAUUACACAUCUAAGGUCAGUGACCAGAUGGCAAGCAAUGUCUUGGGAACCUUCCAGAACAUGAUCCGGGUCAUCGUUCAAGGUCACGAAAAACGGCUCGACGAGAUCGAUCUUCUCAGCGACAAUGAUAAACAGCAGAUUCUCUCAUGGAACGAGAUGAUAUGGGAAGAUCAUCAACGAUGCAUACACGACAUUAUCUCUGAGCAAGCAAGACAGAAGCCAAACGCCCUCGCCAUCGACGCCUAUGACGGCCGCCUGACUUAUGCUGAGCUUGAUUCAAUCAGCUCUCUCCUUGCUGCACAUCUCAGCGAGCUAGGUGUCGGUCCGGAGACUCUAGUCCCACUCUGCUUCAAGAAGUCCAUGUGGGUUCCUGUUGCCCAAUUAGCGGUCUUGAAAGCAGGAGGAGCCUGUGUCGCUAUGGAUCCCACACACCCUGAGAAGCGGAGAGAAGAGUUGCUACGACAGUGCGAUGCCAAGAUGGCGCUUACUUCUCCUGAGUACAUCCAUCUCUUCAAAAAACUGGUCGGAAAGGCCUUGGCAAUCAGCAAGUCCCUCCUCGAUGGAUUGUUGGAGAAGCAAUCAACUCUUCCGAAAUCGUGGAUCCAACCAACCCCAAGCAAUUCUUGCUUUGUUGUGUUCACGAGUGGUUCAACCGGAAAACCGAAGGGAAUCGUGCUCGAGCAUCACGCUUUGGCGAGCAGCUCUGCAGCACACGGCCCCAUCAUGCAGUACAAUCAACCUGGGGCACGCAUCCUUCAGUUUGCUUCAUACACCUUCGAUGUCAGCAUCGGCGAGACAUUCUCGGGUCUCCAGAUGGGAGGAACAGUGUGCAUCCCGGCCGAGGAGGAGCGCCUGGACGACUUGGCUGGAGUCAUCAAUCGCAUGAACAUCAACAUCGCCUACCUCACGCCAUCAGUAGCCAGUCUCUUGGAGCCAGCAGACGUUCCGGGCCUUAAAGUCCUCGCUUUGGGAGGUGAGGCCGUCCGGGCGGAAAACGUUGCAGCCUGGGCAGACAAACUGCACCUCAUCGACAUCUACGGCCCAGCCGAGACCAGUGUAUACUCUACUGGUCUCUCUCCUGUCACCCUCACCGAUGCCCCCGGAAAUAUCGGCUUUGGCCUAGGAGCGCGUAUGUGGGUCACGGACGCCGGCAACCCGGGCCGACUGUGUCAUGUCGGUGAAGUCGGAGAGCUCCUCAUACAAGGGCCUAUCGUUGCGCGCGGGUAUUUGAACGACGUUGAAAAGACUUCAGCAGCUUUCAUCCCGCCGCCUCGAUGGAUGGUUGAGGCAGACAUGCAGAUCUCUUCCACAGAGAAGCUUUACCGCAGCGGUGAUUUGUGCAGGUACAACUCCGAUGGUAGCAUCAACGUUGUGGGCCGCAAGGACAUGCAGAUCAAGCUUCAUGGACAGCGUAUCGAGAUGGCGGAAAUUGAGUACAACAUCCUCCGCUCCGACAGUAUCGCCAAUGCGGUUGUAUUGUACCCUCGAAGUGGACCACUCGGAGAGCGAUUAGUCGCAGUCAUUGCUCUUCGCGAGUCUUCCACCCUGCAAGAAGACACGAAGACGAUGCGUCUCAUCGAUCCUUCCCACAACCCAGUAGCAGCCGAGAAGAUCGCACAGGGUCAAGCCUACCUGGGCAAGCGCGUACCGGGCUAUAUGAUGCCUUCGGUUUGGCUCUGCUUCGACAUAUUGCCGCUGUCUCGGAACGAGAAGACAGACCGCGUUCGUGUGCUGCAAUAUGUUCAAGAGAUGGCUGCUAUCCCAGGUGUAGCAACACAUAAGUCUGAAGAGCAGGCCAAGGUAUCAGCCCCUUUGAACUCGACAGAAGCCACUGUACAAGGUAUCGUCGCCGGUGUUCUUGGGCAGCCGCAGUCAAAGAUUUCCAUGGAUCAAAGCUUUGUAGGAAUGGCCGGUGAUUCCAUCCAGGCUAUGCAAGCCGUAGCGAAAUGCCGGACAAAUGGACUCUCCGUCACUGUCAAGGACGUUCUCAUGAGCAAGUCGCUGAGAGACCUUGCAAAGAAAGCCCGCUCAAUAUCAUCAACACCCACCAGGAAGAUUGGUAGUGACGAGCCAUUUGCUUUGCUUGCGAACGCCACACUAGAGGCCCUCGACAAGGACGUGAAGAAAAUCGGCUACACAGGCUCCGACGACUUGGAGGAUGCUUACCCGGCUAGUCCGAUGCAGCAAGGUUUGCUCAUUGCCCAGGCCCAGGCAAGUGGCAACUACAAGUUCUUUGCGCUCUGUGAGGCGACUGCACUGAAAUCAGGCAUCAAAGUGUCUGUCGAAAGGUUGCGGUCGGCAUGGCAGCAGGUCGUCAGCAGACAUGCCAUUCUCCGGACUGUCUUCGUCGAGACAAGCAACGCAAACAAUGAUGAUGUUAGCGCUCUCUACACCCAGGCCGUGUUGAAACAAUCCAGUGCUAGAGAAGCUCAAGUAGGCGACUACCAAGCACUUCUAGACCAGCCCUGGACUCAUCCUAUCGACUACGAAGACGGUCUUCCAUUGCACAGAUUCACGACCUAUGAGAAUGCUACAGACGGAAAGGUAUACUUCAACCUUGAAAUCAGCCACACCUUGAUUGAUGGCGCUUCGAUGGCCAUCAUUCUCAGAGAUCUUGUCUCGGCUUAUCAACACCAAAGCCAAGGUCCUGCACCCCUUUACCGCAAUUACAUCUCAAUGCUGGUUGAGAGGCAACAUUCCGAGGUUGAGAACUCUCUCACGUACUGGAGCCAGUACCUUGAAGGUGUUGAGCCUUGCAUCAUGCCCAAGCUCCUGCUUGACCAGAGUGCACCCGUUGAAAACACUUUGGAGAAUGUCAAGGUCAACCUUCCUUCUGAUACUGUCAAGAAGCUUCAUGCAUUCUCCAAGGCCAACGCAGUCACCUUGGCCAGUAUCCUGCAAACUGCGUGGGCCAUUGUUGUCCGCGCAUACAGCAGCAAUCCCGAUGUUGUCUUUGGCUUCCUUGCGUCUGGCCGUGACAUCUCGCUCGACGGUUUAGAAAAUGCCCUGGGACCUUAUAUCAACAUGCUGAUCUGCCGCGUUGAUGCAAAGCCGUCCAACAAAGACAGCAUACUGACCACAAUCCAAAAGGCGCAGGGCGACUACCUAGACUCUUUGGCUCACCAGCAUACUCCGUUGAGCCAGAUCCAGCACAGCAUUCUGGACGCCUCUGCAGGCUCCCGCAUUUUCAACUCGGUACUAUCAAUCCAACGUCCACUUUCAACAGACGACACCGGAAACGAGAUCAAGAUCGAGUGCGUACAGUCAUACGACCCAACAGAAUAUGACUGCAGUGUCAGCAUUACAGCCAGUGAAGCAGCCGUUGAGGCAAACAUUAGCUACAUGUCAACAUACUACACCACUCAGCAAGCCACUCGGAUCGGAAAGACAUUCUCGAAGAUUCUGACUGAUAUGCUGGAAGACCCAACUGCACCACUCACCAGUCUGGAAUUCAUCACUCCGGAGGACAAGCAGAUCAUCUUACACCGGAACAAAAACGGAGUAGUUCCGCCAGCGGCUCAGCACCUCAUUCAUGAACAAGUCGCUCGUCAAGCGGUAGAGCGCCCCAGUGCCCCGGCCAUUGCGUCAUGGGACGGCUCCUAUUCGUAUGAGGAGCUCAUCUCUAUUGCGGGUCGUCUUGCACAUCAUCUACGCAACAAUGGAGUGACAACCGAGCAAAAGGUACUUCUCGCUUUCGACAAGAGCAAGUGGGCUGUCGUAUCAAUGCUCGCAGUUCUCUUGGCAGGCGGAACAUAUCUCUCCGUUGACCCUGCCCAUCCGCCGCAGCAUCACCGGAACAUCAUCGAACAGGCCGAGCCGGUCUUAUUGCUAACAGGCUCCAAUGACUAUGCUGAGAAGCUCAGAGCUGUCAUUGAGCCUGUUAUAGUUGUCGAUGAGACUAUGUUGGCCCAGCUUCAGGACCAGUCAAAGCUUCCUGAUGAGGUGGCCUUGCCGGCAAAUGGAGCCUUCAUAUGCACAACCAGUGGAAGUACUGGCCGACCGAAAGCCAUUACGAUCACGCACAGCUCUUUCAGCUCAGUCGUCGCUCACAACCCUGAGAUGGGCAUUGGAACAGACUCUCGUGUCUUCCAGUUCGCAAGCUACACCUUCGACACGGCCAACUCAGAGAUAUGGGCACCAUUGAUGCUGGGCGCAUGUGUUUGCAUCCCGUCUGAGAACGAGAGAAUGAAUGACACUGCUGGAGCAAUCAAUCGUCUCGCAGUCAACUGGUCGUUCUUUACGCCCUCGAUGGCAAGCUUGUUGAGUCCCGCGGACAUUCCCGGUCUCAAGACCCUGGCCCUGGGCGGUGAGCUGGUUCGAGAAGAUAUUGUCAAGACAUGGAACGGCCACGCACGAGUGAUUAACAGCUUUGGUCCAGCUGAAUGCUCGGUAUGGACCACUAUGGCCGAUAUUGGACAUGGCAAUCCGGUCACCACAAUCAACAAAGGGAAUGGAGGCUAUGGCUCUCUUCUCUGGAUCGCUGAUACCACUGACGUAACCAAACUGGCUCCUAUUGGAGCGACUGGUGAGCUCUUGGUCGAAGGACCAAUCCUCUCCCGCGGCUACCUCGAUCUUCAGAAGAGUGCAGAAGCUUUCAUUCCACCUCCACCGUGGCGUGUGCAAGACAACCCCAACACACGCCUGUACCGAUCCGGAGAUUUGGUUAGAUACAACGAGGAUGGCACUGUCGUGGUUGUAGGCAGGCAAGACGGACAAGUCAAGCUGAACGGACAACGAAUCGAGUGUUCUGAGAUCGAACGCAAUGUCGCCGCCCACGACUUCGUCCGCUUUGCGGUCAUCUUCGUGCCAAAGAAGGGCAUAUGCCAACGGAAGCUUACAGCGGUCGUAGCUCUUCAGCAAUUCUCUGAGAGAACUAUGGUAUCCAAGGAGCUGCGUCCAAUCUCCCCUGAAAAUGCCAAAGCGGCAGCCAAGCAAAUCGAAGAAAUCAAAGAGCAGCUUCGCAGUCGUGUGCCAGGAUACAUGGUACCAACCUCGUGGCUCAUCGUAGAAUCAAUGGCUUUGACGCCGUCGAAGAAGGUCGAUCGUGUUACCAUUGCUCGUUGGGUCGAGACGCUAUCGAAUGAGACCUACACGCAAGCUUUGGAUACCACAGCAGCCGCAGAUCAAGGCGCCAUUGUGGAACAGGAUAAUCUUAGCCCCGAGGUUAAGCUUGUCCAGCGCAUAAUCGCCGCCGUUCUAAACAUACCACUGGACCAAGUCGAUUUGAACAAGUCCUUCUUGAACCUCGGAGGAGACUCUAUCCAAGCAAUUGGCACAGUCGUACAGUGCCGAAAAGAGGGCCUGAGGUUGACGGUCAAGGCCAUCAUGCAGUCUAAGAGCCUCUACGGCCUGGCAGCGGCCGCCGAAAAGUCGGAUCAACCCCAAAGCCUGCAGCAGGAAGAACUGGUUGACGUUCCUUUUGAGCUAUCGCCUAUUCAAAAGUUGUACUUCUCCGAUAUUGCCAGGUCCUCCAGAGAGCCCGAAGCAAACCAAUUCAACCAGAGUUUCUUGCUUGCUGUGACAGCCAAGCAGGGCGCAGAUGAAGUGGCGAACGCUCUAAGGCAACUCGUUGAGUAUCACCCACUGCUGCGAGCUCGCUACUCCCUCGACAAAGACGGAAGCUGGACUCAAAUGAUUCCAAAGCAGCUGGAAGGGAGCUUCCACUUCGCAAGCCACGCUGUCGACUCGGAUGAAGAGGCUCGUGCCAUUGCUCGAAAGCAACAAGAACAGCACCGUAUCGAAACGGGGGCGGUAUUUGCUGUCGUGCUGCUAAACAUCAAUAGUACCGGCAAGCAGCUUCUGUUUCUCACAGCGCAUCAUCUGGUCAUUGAUCUGGUAUCCUGGAGGAUCAUCAUUCGACAGCUCGAGGACCUGCUCACGGUCAAGGGAUCGCAUCUACCCGCACUCAAGCCAUUCCCAUUCCACUCUUGGAUCAAAGCCCAGGCUGAUUACAGCACGCAACAUCUCACCCCUGAAUCAUCUCUCUUGCAUGAGGUCCCAGCAGCAGACUACAGCUACUGGGGCAUGCAGGGGGAGCAGAACCUUAGGCGCGAUAUAGCAGAGUUCAACUUCACUUUGGACGCCAAUAGUACCGACGGACUCCUACGGAACUGCCACUCUUCCAUGAAGACUGAGGCUCUGGACAUUCUACUGGCUGCUGCAUUCUCAUCGUUUGCGGAAGCGUUCUCGCGUACACCACCAUCCAUCUUCAACGAAGGUCACGGAAGAGAGUCCUGGGAUAGCUCUCGUGUCGAUGUCACAGAGACAGUCGGGUGGUUCACUACCAUGUAUCCUCUACAUGUCUCGCCUCUCAAGGACGACCUUACAGGCAUUAUUCAGCAACUAAAAGACCAGAGACGAUCUUUGCCACGCAAGGGCUGGUCUUACUUCAACUCUGCCGUCUCCAACCCAGCAGGUAGAGCUGCAUUUGCGAAGCACUGGCCUGUCGAGAUUUUGUUCAACUAUCUGGGAGUGUACCAGGGACAAGAGCAGCAAGCCGCAUCCGGUGAAGACGCCAGUCUUCUGCAGAUCAUACCCUUCAACGAGGGUGACUUCGGUCCUCAGGUCAACCGGUUUUCGCUGAUCGACAUCAACACAUAUGUCCUCGACGGAAAAGCUCAUGUUUCGCUCACCUACAACCGCAACAUGAAACAUGUCGAGGCGAUUGAGCGCUGGGUACAGUUGUAUCAACAGACGCUUGGCGACAUGAUUUGCGCGCUGGAGCAGUCGCCACGGAUUUUGACACCAGGAGACUUCCCUCUGCUGCAGAACACAUCAUACACCAGUCUCCAAAGGCUUCAGAAACAUUUCGAGCCUUCUGUUACUCCGGUCGACAAUAUCGAGGAUAUCUACGCCUGCUCUCCUAUGCAAGAGGGUAUCUUGCUCACCCAGAACCGCAUGGAUGGCGCAUACCACAUCGAGAUGGUCGUGCAGGUAUCUUCCGUUCGCGGAGCACCAAUUGAUGUUCCAAGACUGGUCAAAGCUUGGCAGAUGGUGGUUGACCGACAAGUGGUGCUGAGAACAGUCUUUGUGGAAGGUCUGUCCGACCGUCCAUACGAUCAGCUCCUGCUCAAGGCACACUCUCCCUUGGUCAAGUUAUUAGGCCCGCCUGAAGGAGAUGCAGUAAGCUUCAUGAACGCUCAGACACAGGUGUUCAGCCCAGACCAGCCGCCGCAUUGCCUGACGAUCUUACACGACAACGAGACCGGCCUUACACUCUGCAAGCUAGAGAUCAGUCACGCAUUGGUGGACGGCGCAUCGAUGUCCAUCCUUGUUUCGGACUGGGUGGAGGCCUAUCAGAACCCAUCAAAUGUCAGCCCUGGUCCUCUGUACAGCGAUUACAUUGGGUACAUCCAGUCACAGCCUCGCGCCGCUGCCAUCGACUUCUGGAAAAGCCAGUUAAGUGGUGUCAGGGCAUGCCACUUUCCGAAUAUCCUAGAGUCAGAUACGGAAGCCGAAGAAGCCCAUCCUCUUCGCCAAGUCGACGUCAAGAUUCCUGAAGCCUCCCAGGUACGGCAGUUCUGCCAAGAGCACAAUGUUACUUUGGCAAGCAUCUUCCGCCUGGCAUGGGCGAAGGUCCUCCGAGCCUUCACAGGAGACGAUCAAGUCUGUUUUGGAUACUUGGCGUCUGGUCGAGAAAUCCCUGUGGCAGGGAUCGAAGAAGCGGUCGGAGCUUUCAUCAACAUGCUCGUCUGCUCAAUUGACUUCGAUGCCACCUCACAGCAAUCGGCGAUCACUUCCUUGGACAAGUUGCAAGACGAAUACCUGCAGUCUCUUCCAUACCAGCAUGUCAGCCUUGCUGAGAUCCAGCACGAGCUUGGUCUAUCGUCUGGCCAAAAGCUGUUCAACACCGUGCUCAGCUUUCAGAGACGACCGCACCAAGACUUCUUCGCUGGCGACCUACACCUUCGCUACAUCGAUGGUGUGGAUCCGACAGAGUACCCCAUCUCGAUCAGUAUCUCCGACGACGCUGGAAAGAUCCAUGUACAGAUGAGCUACUUCGCCAGUAUCUUAUCCGAUGCCCAGGCGGCAAGUGUUAGCAACGCCCUCUCAAGCAUCCUUGCUUCUAUCCUUGAUACACCACAGGUCCUGGUUGCACAGCUGAAGAUGGAAAGCGACGAAGACCGCAAACAGAUAUUUUCCUGGAACUCGGAUAUACCCGCAACGGUUGACAAGUGUGUCCAUGAGGUCUUCGAAGAUUCAGUCAAGCGUGCUCCUGGAGCUGUUGCCAUCGAUUCGUUUGAGGGUACCAUGUCAUACAGCGAGCUGGACCUCAAGAGUAGCAUACUGGGAGCUCAACUCAUGCAACAUGGAGUAACGGCCGGCGACUUCAUCCCCAUCGCCUUUGAAAAGAGUGUCUGGGCCAUCGUUUCUAUGAUGGGCAUCAUGAAAACCGGAGCUGGUUAUGUUCCUCUCGAUAUGGCUCAUCCAGAUGACCGUCUCAAGACCAUCAUCUCCCAGCUUGGAGACGUCCGGCUGAUCUUGGCAUCGCAGACAAACACGAAGCGAAUGCAGAUGCUGGCCGACAACGUCUUGACAGUAUCUUCCGGGGCCCUUGUGGAUACGAAGUCGACUUCUGUUGUUCUUCCCGCUGUCAAUCCUGAGAGCACUGCAUACUGUCUCUUCACAUCUGGUACCAGUGGUGUGCCCAAGGGUGUGGUACUAAGCCACCGAGCAGUAAAUAGCAGUACCUUCCACCACGGUGCCCUCAUCGACUGCAACAGCUCCACACGCAUGUACCAGUUCGCCGCCUUCACUUUCGAUGCCUGCAUUCUGGAGAUUUUCACCACUCUCAUGUACGGUGGAACCAUCUGCCUACCUUCAGACGACGAGAAGAUGAGCGAUAUCGUCGGCUUCAUCAACAGGAAACAAGUCAAUACCGCCUUUAUGACUCCAUCCCUUGUGCGCAUAGUCAGGCCAGACGAUAUUCUUACAAUGAAGACACUGAUACUUGGAGGUGAAGCUCUCGGGGCUGACAACAUCGCCAUAUGGGCAAGCAGACUCCGAUUGAUGAAUGGAUACGGCCCAACAGAGACUUGCGUUUUUGCAGUCAUGAAGACUUUCGAGGGGGCGAUGGACCGCAACGACGUCUUGGGCAAAGGCGUUGCUUCCCAAACUUGGAUUGUCAACCCUGACGACCCUACCCAGCUUGCGCCGCUCGGAGCUGUGGGCAUGCUUCAUCUUUCUGGGCCGGCGCUCGCAGACGGAUAUCUCGGAGAUCAGGCCAAAACCGACAGCGUAUUUCUGGAGAAUCCCGGUUUCCUUCGAGGCGAGAGAGCAUACAAUACCGGCGAUCGCGCUCGCUACAGCACCGACGGCUCUAUCAUAUACCUUGGUCGAGCUGAUCAGCAGACCAAGCUACGUGGUCAGAGAAUCGAGCUUACUGAAAUCGAGACUCAUACCUUGAGCAACCUGCCAGACGCGAGUGGCGUCUGCGUGGACAUCGUGCUUCCGGGUGGUCUGCAAGACAAGGCUUGUCUCGCCGCUUUCUUCUGUCUCGAAAAGAAGAACAAGUCGCUUCUGGGAGAAGACCUGCUCCUUCCAGUAUCCGAAUCUGUACAGAACGAUAUCGUGCGACUUCAGCGGGCUCUCGAGGCAGCAUUGCCACCGUAUGAAGUUCCGGCUCUAUACAUUCCCGUCAGCAAGAUGCCAACAACCACUGCCGGAAAGCUUGAUCGACGCAGUCUCCGUGAGACGAUAGCUAGUAUGCCUCAAGAGGAACUCCUGCGCAUGUAUUCGCAAUCAGAAAACUCUAAGAAACCAUUGACGACUGCAGCCGAGCAAACUCUCGCACUCGCCUGGUCUGAGGUCCUGAAGAUACCAGUCUCCCGCAUUGGAUCAGACGAUAAUUUCUUCAGAGUGGGUGGUGAUUCCAUCUCGGCAAUGGUGCUUGCAUCGAAGAGAGUGGCGACGGUCGCAGAUAUCUUCAAACAUCCCGUUCUGUCCGAUAUGGCAGCUGUUUCCAGCAGCAAGUCUUCCAGCAGCGAGAGUUGCAGCGAGACAGUUGCUCCAUUCAGCCUUCUCGACGGGAGCACAACUGUAUCGUCCAUUGGAGCUAAGAGCAAGGUAUCUCCAGACGAUGUCGAGGAUGCGUACCCAUGCACGCCGUUGCAAGAAGGUCUCAUGGCACUUUCGCUCCUCAAUCCUGGGUCGUACAUUCUGCGAAAGGUUCUCCGCCUGCCAACCUCGAUCGACCUGCCAAUGUUCAAGGAGGCCUGGGACAUGACGGUCGCCAACAACCCAAUCUUGCGUACGACGAUCAUUGAAAGUCCAGACGCAUGCUCACUGCAGGUUGUGCUCAAGCACGACACCACCAGCUUGUGGCGUACAGCUUCCAGCCUUCAAGAGUACCUUGACCAAGACGAACAGGAAAGCUUCACCUUUGGGAUGCCAUUGUCUCGCUACGGCAUCACUGCAGAUGGCCACUUUGUCUGGACAGCACACCACGCCAUCUACGACGGCUGGACUCUACCACUGAUCCUCAAUCAAGUCCGUGCUUACUACACAAGCAGCAUAUCGAAAAGGGUUCCCGGCUUCAACAGCUUCGUUAAAUACAUUACUUCCACCACACAUGAAGAAGCACACGCGUACUGGAAAAAUUCGCUGUCAGGCGGAAAGCCAACCAUUGCCUUCCCGGAACCGCCUCCUGCUACUCAUACUCAUCGUCACCGAGUUAAUGGAGUGGCACAUCAACGAAUCGCAAUGCAGCUACAAUCAGAAGUCGAUGUACCAACAGCGACACUGCUGAGAGCAGCAUGGGCAUAUGUGCUCGCCCAAUACUCUGACGCCGGUGAAGACAACGAUGUUGUGUUCGGAACUACCCUUUCGGGUCGUAGCUGUCCAGUUGACGACAUCACAGAGAUCGUUGGCCCUACCAUCACCACAGUGCCUGUUCGAAUGGGUAUACCUACCGGAGAGGUAACUGUCGGGGCUUUUCUGAAGGAAGUGCAGGACCAGACGACAGACAUGAUGCCUUUCGAGCACUUCGGUCUGCGGAACAUUGCCAACAUCAACGCAGACACUGCGGCAGCCGUACAGUUCCAGAACCUUUUUGUCGUACAGCCCAUGGCGCAGAGGUUCGAUAUCCAGCCAGAAGAGCUACUUGGUGCGGAAGAAGUGGCUCUUCCAUUGAAGAACUUCGACACAUACCCGCUGGUCUGGGAGUGCAGCCUUGAUGAGAAGGAUGUUCACGUCGAAGCACGAUUCGACCAGACUAUUGUCCCACAGAAUCGGGUGGAAAGGAUGCUCCGUCACUUUGAGCACAUUGUGUCAUGCUUCCAGCAAGCUACAGAAAAGAUGAAAAUGGAAGACAUCACUAUGCUCACCACCGACGAAAUGACUCAGAUUCUGGACUGGAACAACACAUACCCAGAGAUACUCGAGACAAAUGUGCCCGCGGUCUUCGCAGAGCAAGUCAAGCUACGACCUGAUGCACUUGCCGUUGAUGCUUGGGACGGAAAGCUCACCUACGCCGAAUUGGAUCGAUUGUCGACCGCAUUGGCUGGGAGACUAAACCAGAACCACGGAAUUGGACCAGAAGUCUUAGUUCCGCUUUGUUUCCAGAAAUCUAUGUGGGCCGUGGCCACGCAACUCUCGGUCAUGAAGGCAGGCGGUGCCGUCGUCAACCUGGAUCCAGCUCAACCGCUAGACCGUAUUCAGCUCAUUCUUCGAGAUGCUGACGCAAAGGUCGUGCUGACAGCUUCUCAUUUGGCAAAGAAAUUCGAGACCGUAGCUGGCCUCACGACAAUUGCUAUUGACGAGCAAUACUUCGCCAACCUACCACUCACCAGCACCCCUGCUUUACCUGUCAUCAGCCCCCAGAACCCAGCCUAUGUCCUCUUUACUUCUGGAUCAACUGGACUCCCCAAAGGAAUCGUCAUCGAACAUCGCAGUCUUUGCUCCAGCAGCAAAGCCCAUGGAACAGCCUGGAACAUUGGACCCUCGACUCGCCUUCUUCAAUUUGCUGCGUACCAGUUCGAUGUCUCAGCAGCUGACAUCUUCACCACACUUCAGAGGGGUGGCUGUAUCUGUGUUCCUUCUGAUAAUGAGCGUCUGAACGAUCUCGCAGGCGCCAUCAAUCGAUUCCAGUGCAACUGGGCCUUCCUGACUCCAACAGUCGCCUCACUGCUGCCCGCUGAGGGUAUUCCCAGCCUUCGCAAACUUGUACUUGGUGGUGAAGCUAGCACUAGAGCCAUCAUCGCCAAAUGGCACAGUAUCCUGGACCUUAUUGUGUGCUACGGACCAGCCGAAACGACGGUUUACUCCUCAGGCGCACCGCCCGCCACAGUUUCCAGCAAUCCAGCUGAUAUCGGCUCUCCCAUUGGUGUCUUGAACUGGAUCGUGGAUCCUUCGGACCACAACAAGCUUGUGCCUAUUGGCUGCACGGGUGAGCUGAUACUGGAAGGACCAACCGUUGCGAGAGGCUAUCUGCAUAACGAAGAGAAGACAGCCGCUGCGUUCGUUACCGAUCCUGCUUGGACCAAGACAGGCGACAAACCAAGGAGGUUCUACCGCACUGGAGAUCUAGUCCGUUACAAUGAAGACGGUACGAUUCAUUUCGUUGGACGCAAAGACACCAUGAUGAAGAUUCGCGGCCAGAGAGUUGAGGCCGGCGAAAUCGAACACGCCAUCCGGGCAAGGCUCUCUACACUCGGACAUGUUGUUGUCGACUCGGCUCGCCCAGAAAGUCUUGAUAGCCGGACUGCAUUGAUUGCAUACCUCCAACCUAGCGCUAUCGCAGCUGAAGAAACUCAUAUUCUUUCAUUGGACCCUAUCAAGGAAGACCUCGUGGCACUGCAAACAUCGCUCUCAGGGGCCUUGCCACACUACAUGCUACCAAACUACUUUAUACCCAUUUCUCGGGUACCGCUAACAACGAACGGCAAGACGGAUCGCCGCAAGCUCAAGGAACUGGUCUCGUCCCUCACGAGGGAGCAGCUUCUCGAGUAUGGUCUACAGACCUCAUUGGGAGACAAGAAACAACAGCCGUCAACUUCAGCAGAAUUUGCACUCCGUGAUCUCUGGGCUCAGACUUUGGGCGUAGACGCCGAGACUAUUGGUACUGACGAUCAAUUCUUCCGGAUCGGCGGUGACUCAAUCCUUGCUAUCAAGCUGGUAUCGACAGCUGCGAAGCAAGGCCUUCAACUGUCAGUCACCGACUUCUUCGAAAGCCCCGCACUCUCAGACAUGGCCAAAGUCAUCGGCGGACGCACACGCUCUGAGGAACACGAUGAUACUGCGCCUUACAAGCCAUUCUCUCUUAUCACAGACAAGCCACAACACAAGCUGGUAAAAGAGCUGGCGGCCCAAAUCAAAACUACUGAGAAGAACAUCAUCGACGUUCUUCCAGCAACAGACUUCCAGAAGAAUGCCGUGGCUCAUGGUUUGAUGAAGACUCGCGGGUUCAGAAACUACCUUUGGUUGGACCGUGAUGGCGAUGCGGAGACCAAGCUCAUCAACCCUGCCCUCCAGGCAUUCGUGGCUCAGCACGAGAUUCUUCGUACGGUAUUCGCUGUGCAUGGAGCAGAUAUCGUCCAGACGGUGCUUCGUUACCUCCCAUACGAGAUUGAGUGGCAUGAGACCGCAGACGAUAUCGAAUCAUCGACCAUGCAGAUCAGCAAACAAGACGCCGAGCGUCCAGUGAUCAUGGCCGAUCCACAGCUGAAGUUUUUCGUGGUGGCCAAAGCUGGUGCGAAGGCUUCAUACCGACUCAUCAUGCGCAUCUCCCAUGCCCAGUAUGACGGCUCUUGUCUGCCGCAGCUUUUGAAUUCGUUGGUAGCAGCGCUGGAAUGUCAAGAGGCGGGCCCAAUCUCGUCAAUGGCACCGUACUUCCAGGAGCAAGCAGUUUCGCCAGCUAAACAACUAGAAGCUGCGGAGUACUGGCAAUCUCUUCUCCACGGCUCGACCAUGACUUCGCUUGUCCAGCACCUGCACGAAACACCAUCGUACAAGAACAUCUACAACACCCAGUUGACGAGAACCAUUCCCACCCCGUCAGCUAUCACAGCUAAACACGGCAUAACGUUUGCCACAAUUUUGAAACUCGCCUGGUCUCUCACGGUUUCCAGCCUGUCCUCGUCAGAUGACGUGACGUUCGGCCACGUUGUCUCCGGUCGGCCACCAUCCCUCACGGCACUCAUGGGUCCUUGUCUCAACGUCAUCCCUGUCCGAGUGAGUCUCAAGAACACCGCCACAAUCCUCAGUCUUCUGCGCCAGAUCCAGAACCAGCACGCCUCUAGUUACCCCUUCGAGGCUACCCUCGGUACAAGAACGAUCGUCCGAGAUUGCACCUCCUGGCCACAACACACGCGCUUCAGCAGUAUCGUCCAACAUCAAAACAUCGACGAAACAACUGAAGCAGGCGAAGUGGGUGCUUGGUGUCCAGAAGCUGAUGAAGCCGAUGUAGCGAUCAAGACCACGCCGAAAGACGGCAGUGACGCUAUGGAGGUGGCGAUGAUUUGCUCAAAUGUCAUCAUCGGGAUGCAUAAAUGGGAAGCUGUCCUGGAUGCGCUCUGCGAGAUGAUUGCAGCUAUUGGUGAGGACGAAAGCAAGAGUGUAGGAGAGGUGUUGGAGAACGAAAGUGGGUUGCGUUUGCCUCUCAUUCGCCACGAUGGCUACACAAAUGGCCACAUGAACGGCAUCAUUGGCUUCCAACAGAAAACCAAAGAGAAGGCAAGACUACCAGCUCUGUGGCGAGAGAUCUUGGGUCUUUCCGAAGAACAGACCAUGGCGUUGGAUUACCACAGCGAUUUCUUCGCACUAGGUGGCGAUUUGGUUACAGCAGCGGUUCUGGUAACCAGACUACAGCAAAUGGGCUAUGGGGAGUUGAGUGUGGAGAUGAUCAUAGAUCAUUCGCGGUUUGGGCAAAUGGUCAAGGCCUUGGGAGCGGCGGUUUUGGGGUCUGCUGUUCAGAUCUCAUUCACCGUACCACGGUAUGAAUCUCCUCGCGCAAACAACAAACUUGAGGUUCACUGGGGGUUGUAUGUUCUUCUUCUGAUGCUCGCUGUUGUUUCAUCCACGGCAUUCGUCAUGGAGCCCAGCGAGUAGUUUUAGAGUAUAGACGGUGUAGCGCGAGUUUCCUUAUUUUCUUUUGUGUUGGAGUUUAGGAGUUAGAUAGUUCUUCUUCAUGAAUGAAUAUUAGCCUGUUUACAUAUA